UCGCUCAAAAGCAUCUGAAAAACGUAUAAAAAGCAACGUAUAGCGAGCCCACUCGCUGAUAUAUUAUUAUAUCGAUCACGUCGUUCACGUUUUCGAGAGGCACUCAUAUACAUAUUGCAUACGUACACACAUAUAUAUACAUAUAUAUAUAUAUAUAUAUGUAUGCACAUAUAUAGACAUAUACAUUUGUAUCAACUUUGAUCGUACAAGUCGUCGUAGUCGUCUUCUUCUCGCGUUCCGACCAGAGAGUUUGCACGGAAAACCGGUUCAGUGCGCGGGUUCCGUGGUGGAAGAAGAAGGAGAAGAAGAAGAAGAACAAGACCGACGAGUGAAAAGGACGAGAGAAAACAAGAAGAGAAAAAGAUGGCCGCCACCACUAUGAGCCACGUGUUCGAAUACGAGAACGAGUUGAACGAUAACUUAUACAACCUUAAGAUGUCGGGCAACAACAAGGCCAGCAGCAACGGGACCAAAAGCAUGAGGAGGAUGUUGAAACCUCUGUUACGUUUGCUUAAGAAGAAAACGGGCAAGGGCAAAUACGGUAAGGGCCAAAAAGCUAUGCCGCAAUCGGAGAUCUUCACCGAGGAGGUCGACAAUCAGAACAACGCGAACGAGGCAUUGGAAAGAAGAUUAUUGGCCGAACUCCAAGAUGCUGAAGAGGGUGCAGCCAUUACCGUUUGUCUCGACGGUCAAAUGACAGUCGUGCCGGUUGUUCCUGGUCAGUGUUACGUCCCUGUACACUUUGCUCACACCCACGCCGGUGACUUCUAUUGGACGACCCUCAGCCUCGCGGACAGUGAUCUCUGCUACAAGGAACGAGCUUUCUCGCAACAUCAAACACCGGAGAUGCAAGUCGCGUGAGAGGAAACCUCAAGUCGCGUGUCAUCAAAUGCAUUCCUUCGAUCUCCAUCAUCAUUCUGAUGGUCCAUCUCACUCGGACACUACAACUUACUAAAGUCAAAGAAAUUGUUGUUGACCGAGCAACGCAAUAGAAGUAAACGAGAUCGCGCUACAUAGCCGAUACGUAGACUUUAGAUAAGAUACAUCGAAACUGUGAUCCAUAGUUUAAAUAGAUAGAGAAAUAGAUUUUAAUUUAUAUGGAGACAUACAGCAAGACUUUUCCAUUGUGUAUUCCUAGAGAUACGUUAAUACGAUAAGUCUGACUCGAGAUUUUAAGGGUUGGACGAUUGAAGAGAUUCUAGAGGGUAGUGUUCUAUACAUAUUGUAUAUUUUUUUUUCCUUUUUUUUUUUUUUAAUGUCGCGAUGAUAUCGAUCGCAUUUGUGAUAAUAUCUGUACCUAUCAGAAUAUAUUAGAUAUAUUUAUAAUCUAGCAUAUCCAUAUUGUGAUAUUGGCUUUAAAACAUACCGUCACGAUCGGCGGAAAUUUCCUAAUGUCUUCCAAGUAUUUUUAAUAAAACAUUAUAAACAAA